AUGACAACAACAGCUUCGGUCCCUGAAUCACCACAGCGUCGAUCCGCUUGGGUUCCUUCUCACGAAAACAUCUACUAUCGACCUCGUCUCAACAAGAAAAAGUCUGUAUCAGCUGGUCGAUUUCCUGCGCCGUUAAUCGGUCCUCGAAGAUCUCGCCCCCAAGCAAUUCACAUUGUUAGCUAUCCCUCGGGAUACGUUCCUCGAGAACUACGAGCAGAGAGCAGACCUCAAACACCUGAACUGCUUGUCGAGCCUCGACGCGCACCUUCAUUGCAACCGACUCCUACUAACACGUCCAACGCGAGCAACAGCACCAGCGAUUACCUCAGCAACAGUGUAAGCAGUAGCCAGAGAAAGAAAAGCUUCAAACCUCGUGCCGCCGUACGCCGCAGAGAUAAGCUCCUGAGCUCAUUUGCCUUUACAAACCCUGAGUCUGGUUCUGAACCUUCAUCAGCAUCAAACUCAGUAUCUGCAGGCAUUGAUACUUCGGGUCUUGCAGCAGCCGAAGCGCUAUCGACAAGUGCAGGUAUUGACCGCUCAACUCGGCAAAGUGUGAGCGCUAUUUCGAGUACAGCAAGACCAAGUACAAGGACCUCGAAUACAGGCCACUCAAUUGGUCAGUCUUGCCAAUUGGACCUGGACCUUCCCGGCGAGUCUGCGAUUGGGUCGAGAUUUACUGGGGCAGGUGCAUCCCCGCCAGCAUAUGACGACAUAAGCUCACGCCCCGGUUCCGCGGCACCUGUUGACUUAGCCUCUGCAUCCACUGUAACGCCUGUUACCAACAACUCCAAUUCUGUCAAUUGCAACACCAGCAACAACAACCAAACACAAACAGCCGCCGCCGCAACAAUGGCGACUGCACGAUCUUCGCAUCCGUCGUUGGCGUUGACCAACCCUAAUCGCAACAGUUUUAUGUCGGCUCGUUCAUCAAAAUCCGCUGUCACUUCAGUCUCUGAGUUGCCGAAACCCGUCGCUUCCGGCAGUGGCGUGUCAUGCUCAAUUCUUCUCGCUGAGCCAAACAUUUUCCUCUCAGGUUUUGAUCAUGAUGGCCAUGGCCACCGCGAGGGUCAGAGUGGUACCGCUCUAUUAAGAGGCAAACUUCAAUUGCGAGUCACAAAAAACGUCAAGAUCAAAGCCGUUCAACUCAAACUUCUUGGCCGUGCUCGCACUGAGUGGCCCGAAGGCAUUCCUCCUCUCAAGCAAGAUGUGUUCGAGGAGGAGAGUCUGCGCACUCAAGUACUGACAUUUUUCAAUGCCAUGAAUGACGGCUGGGAAUCCGACUAUGGCAACCAAUGCACUUAUCGCCUUAAGAGCAGUUCUCCUAACGGCAGCUCUACAAACCUCGUCCGCCCAAAUCCAUCAUCAUCUCUGACCCCGCAUCAAAAUAACCUUUCUGCUAAAGAAAUCAAGCGCUUAUCUCUGCAAAGCGUCCAGUCGCGAAGUUUCCAAAAGGGCGACAGUCCUAUUGCCACUCCUACACAAGCCAAGGGAUACAAGGUCUUCUACCCUGGUACUUAUGACUAUACUUUUGAACUACCCAUCGAUCACCACCAGCUAGAAACAACCAAGCUGCAGUAUGGAUCCGUUAAGUGGGAAUUGCAUGCGACCGUUGACCGAGCUGGAGCCUUCAAGCCUAACCUUCACGGCACCAAGGAAGUGUCUAUUGUUCGUGUGCCUGAUCAACUCUCCCUUGAGAUGACGGAACCUAUUUCUAUUAGCCGCCAGUGGGAAGACCAAUUGCACUAUGACAUUGUCAUCUCGGGCAAGAGCUUUCCUAUUGGUAGCAAAAUCCCCAUUGCCUUUAAGCUUACACCACUUGCAAAGGUUCAAGUGCACAAGCUCAAGGUUUAUGUAACAGAAUCGAUUGAGUACUGGACCAAUGAUAAGCGAGUAACACGUAAAGAUCCAGGCCGCAAGAUCUUGCUACUCGAGAAGUCUGCUGGAAAGCCUCUCGAUUCGUCCUACGCUUCAUCUGAAAUCCGAACCCUUCGCGGUGGCGAACUCGACCCUGAGCAGCGACGAGAGGCUCGUGAAGCAGCUGCUCGAAGACGCGCACAAGAAGCUGCCCGACGACAGACCACGGCCGAGCCCCUUCCUGAGCCUUCGGCUAACCUCCUGGGUGACCUGGAUCUGGGACUCGAGACCAUCUGGGGUUCAACAGAAAUCGAAGCCAAUGUGCAGAUUCCUACUUGUGAGAUGAUGGCCAAGAACAAGGAGCUACGACUCAACCCUGACUGCAGCUGGAAGAAUGUCAAUGUCUUCCAUUGGAUCAAGGUUGUUAUGCGAAUCAGCCGUAUUGAUCCUGAGGAUCCCAGUGGUACAAAGCGCCGACACUUUGAGAUCAGCAUUGAUUCGCCAUUCACUGUUCUCAAUUGCCGUGCCACUCACGCCAAUACUAACCUUCCUGCUUAUUCAGGCGCCAACUGCAACGGCACCACUUAUCAGUCUACUUGUGGAUGCCCUGAUGCUUUCACCGUUCCUACCGAUGCUUCACCUAGUUCUUCAGAAGGUUCACUACCCGGUGUCAACCCUAACGCCGAGAACCUCCCGGCGCCACCACAGGCUGCCCAUCUGGCCGACGGUGUCAGUGGACAACAAGAACCACGCCCGAUUCAUCUGCUCAGAGUUCCAAGCUUCAACCCUCCUGCUUUCGAAGACGAUAUCGCACCACCUCCCGCUGCCGAGCUUGUCACAGAUGUACCUGAACCUAUGAUGACUCCUCCACCCCAGUACGAUGUUGUGGUGGGAACUCCUAGUGUCGACGGCUUGGCUGAUUACUUUGCACGAUUGGCCGAUGCAGGCUAUGAGGGACAUGAGGAUUCAGAGUCGGACCCUGAUGAUUCUCCACCCAGAAUUCUGGACCGUACUGGGCGUGUUAAUGUCGCCAAUCCUCGAACCCCUGGAGGUCGAAGGAUGCCCAGUCGAAGUCUAGAGAUUUCUCGCCCCACCAUUCAACUCGAUAUGAAUGCUCUCCGCGCCCGAGCUGGACGAGCAGUGUGA